AUGUCUUCACGGCCUUCCCCAUACCAUCAAAAGCGACCACCCUCACACUCGACCACGAUCAACCCUCAUGUAGCUUUAAAUUCUUCUCGGUUGCCUAGUACUUUGGACCGGCCCGCCGGACGCAGGAGUGGUACUUGGACAUCUUCUAGCAGCGAUCAUGGGUUGCUUUCCGAAACCGAGGAGAUAGACAGCAGGGAAGAAUUUGUCAAGGAGUAUAACCGGCUCGCAAGGAGGUAUGGCAUUCGGCUACUUGUACCUGGAGAUUUCCCGGUGGAUUCUGUCAAGACUUUCAAGUCACUCCCAACUCGAAGGGGCAGUUGGAUCUCAAAAGCGUUGAGACGAACAUCGUCCUGCCAUUCAACGCAGACCAUUAUCGUUCGAUCAGACCAACGGCAACUGCGACGCCGACGAAGUAUUGGUGACGCUGCAUUAAAUCUCGUUUCACAUCACAGGAGGGACGGGUUCAAGGACCAAGCACUCCAAGUUCUAGUUAGGCUAUGCGGCAAGAGUCUAUUUUAUCUUCCCCAUGAGUAUACACCCUGCUCCUUAGUAUUGCCCACAUGCUUCCGAGCACUUGCCCAGGCUCUUGUGCAGCAAGCCGAUACACGGGGCAUCUUCCGAGUUCCUGGCUCGGUUCGAGUAGUAGAUAUGUUAUAUAACUACUACUGCACCGACAAAGACGCUCACAACAUCUCGACUACGACCCGAUGCCCGAAUCUUCCUAUUCAUAUCAAAUGCUGCGUCCACGACGUUGCCUCCGCUUUCAAGAGGUUCCUCGCGGGGCUACCGGGCGGCAUUCUCGGUUCGUUGUCAUUGUUUGACGCACUGGUUUCAAUUCAUAGCCAGCUUCAUACUGAUCCCGAGCUCGCUAAGACGAAGGAAACCAAACUUCGCGCGCGACUUAUCGCAUUAGCCAUUGGAACUGUUAAGUCACAAUACCAGAGGGAGCUCAUCUGCGCCGUAUUUGGCCUAUUGUGUUUCAUUGGACGGAUAGCGGAAAAUACUCCACGAGAAGAUGAAAAUGGAAGACCGCUCCCAACAGCUGACUUGAUGGGAUAUAAAGCACUAAGCAUAAUAUUUGGCCCUCUCUUGGUCAAUGAUUUAAUAACCUCAUAUAAUAUGAAGGUGGCAGAUCCAGCGGCUGGAUUGGUCCUCCUUCCAGUAUCGCCACCGAAGUCUCGAAAAGAGAAGCGUAGACAUGAGAGGUCUAAAGCCUCCGUUGAUGAGUCAAGCUCAUUCCAUACGGUAGACAAGAUAAACGUUGCCAACAGCAUUACUGAGAUGCUGAUUAUACACUGGAGAGAGGUGGUUCGACAAAUGCGAACCCUAGGCACACUAAGAGCCAGAAGGCACGAACACAACACGCAUUACAGAGAAAACAGAGCUAGAUUCAUCACAUCGAUCUCAGAUUCAUUGCAAUUGACAAACUCGCCAGAACGGGACGACCCGGAGUCGUCAUGUCACCUGAAAAGGAGAGAUGCUUCCCCGAUUAUAGGGAGCACAGUUGCAACGCCUAAAAUUAGCUUGCCCAAGCCCCAAGAUGACGUUGAAGGACCAAUUGAGUCGUUAACUGUCAGACGGCAACGAUCGCGACAGUCCGGUUCAUGCAUUUCGCGUAGGACGGGGGAUAAAAUCUUAGCGAAGUACCUUACGCCGACUACGACGGGUGCAGAUUAUGAACUUCACCCAAAGUCUUCGUCAGGGCGGUUGCCAGUCAAAUACGACGUCGAAAAUGUGCUUAAUAGGCUUAGCUUGGGCCGAUCGUCGACAAGUAGUAAAAAUAAAGCCAGGGACGGACUCCCCCGUCCCGAGAACCAGGCCCGACAUAUUGAAGAUCCGUUUAGUGCCAACGUACAUGAGAAAACUUCGCUACUCCACAACGGGAGUCUACAAGGCCUUGGGAUAUCUAGCAGCGAAAUAACCUUUCAUAGCGUCAAGUCGACCAUCCCUGAGCCUAGAGCCCGCGGAGUAUAUUCACUAAAAGGUAGUGAGGAUACUAGAGGCCCCGGGUUCCUGGCUCAGUGGUUGUCAAAUCAGCCGAUAACGACAUAUAAAUCACCCUCUACGGCUAAGGAGCGCAAUGCGAGCCCGGCUAACAAGUGGAAAGCUCUAGCCUUAGUUAGUAAAGCUAGCACAGAAUCCUUAGCAAGAGCUGCAAAAGAAAGACGCCUGAGACGUAGUCCAGGCAAUGGCUCUUCUCGACGGAGUGAAGACUUAUUGGCCCAACGAGACGGGACGCAAAUUUCCCCAAGAUGGAAAAGUCAACCCACAGGUGGGAUAGGUGAGAGGAAGCCGGAAGUAGCCAAAUUCUCGCCCGAGAAGACUGAUACGUUUGAAACCCCCCAUGAGUCUCAACACUUCCAACAUUUCCACGGAUGGCACUCUCCGCAUAAACCGGGCACCCUCCAAUCGGCUAGGAUUCCUGCCGACAGAUCGAGUAUGCCGACCCCACGGCGCUCAAAUUCGAGGCCGCUCGAAGGUGCUGUAAAGGCUAUGACUGCACUGUUUGAUAAUGCCGCCAAGGACUCACCUCCUGGUUGGGCGCCCGUACCUACAGGAAUUACAGGCUACGCUUCUCAUGAUCCUAGUAGCGCCAAAGCUUCAUUCUCCCGGAACGCUUCACCAUCGAAAUUUGUCGGUUCUAGAGGAUCUCUAGUAGCCGGUACGCCGUCGAGGAUUCCUCGGCGCUCGGAGGGCGGCUUUCAGCUGACCGAGACACCAACAUAUGGUAGACACUUUACACCUCUGGAAAACCAUAGUCACUUUGAAGUAACACCUCCCUGGGGAACCCACGAGAAUGUUUCAACAAGGUUUCCCUCCGUUUCUUUACGUCCUAUAGAUAAGUCAUUUUACGCCCCAAGAAAAGCGCCUUUGACAUCGACCGCACAGAUUUCUCUCCGUGAUCGAGAACUUAGGCAACCACCAAGCUUAGGGAGCAUGGUUCCGCAUCUUGAAGAACCUCCCGUUGCUCAACACAUCACAUUUAAUCGACCGUCUUUGUCUUUGUCUCCUAUAGUACAUGAUGAGAGUGAUGAUGAAAGGGCAGUGGCUGACAGCCCCCGACCCGGGAGUAGUAACUCGACACUUCAUGCCCAGGUUCGCCACCUACAGAAGCACCUUGAGCUUAUAGAAGAAGAAAACAUACAAUUGAGGCGACAAUUAGAAGCUCGUGAGAAUGUGGAUAUUGGUAAAUUGUGCGAACAGCUCAGAGAGACGAAGCGCGAGUGUAAAAUGUGGCGCGAGAGGGCUGAAGCAGCCGAGAAGAGAGUUGCGGUGUACGAACAACUUACAGCGCGGGUCCGGGGACUUCGGGAUGCUGUGGAUGCUGAGAAGGCUGGCGAAGGACAAGUCGAUGGGUCGAGUGGUCAUGCUAGCAGGCGGGGGACCUCUUGUUGUACAGAAUGCACAGAGGAUCAGGAGGAGUUAAGGGAUCGGAUACGCCAAAACGUGAAGAGACGAACGGUUAUGGCCAGUCUUAAAGGGACUGAUUGUGGGGGAAGCAGCUUUAAGAGAGAGGGUUGUAGCGGUGGACGGGAGAAGAGACCGCGGGAAAAAGGAAAAGUAAUACCUAUUAUAAUCGAACAACACAAUUGUGGGGGAUCGUCGAGGAGUUUUUGACACUCGAUGGGAAUACAGUCGUGAAGAGGGGAUUAGCAGUGGAGGCUUAGGAUCAAUCGCAAACUUGUGUGAUAAGAGACUAGGGAGUAUAUGGUAUUCAUUAUGAUGGUACCUAGGCAGAUUAGGGUGGGUUGGGUAUAUGUUGCUAGACAUAGAGGGUUAGGGGUUGCAAGACUUCUAAACGCCUGUAAAAUAGUUCAAUAUACCAUAGCACACAGACCUAGGACCGUGACUUUGGGUAGAUAUUCUAUCAUUCUGGCGCUGAGAUACCUCUGGCGUU